CCGUGUCAUGUCACAGUCCGCAGUCUAUGGUCGGCUGUGUCUGUGUCGCUGUACCAGCCGCGGUAUUAAGAUUGUGAUUAGUUUCUGGAGAUUGUUUAAUGAUUAUAAAUAGUUCGGUUAAAUUAUUAUAGUAGAAGUUUUUGAGCAAACAGCUAAAAACCAUCAAAAUGCCGCGUAUUAUGAUAAAGGGCGGCGUGUGGCGCAACACUGAGGAUGAGAUCCUCAAAGCCGCCGUCAUGAAGUACGGCAAGAAUCAGUGGAGUCGAAUAGCUUCCCUUUUACAUAGAAAGUCGGCCAAACAGUGUAAGGCCAGAUGGUUUGAGUGGCUAGACCCAAGCAUCAAAAAGACAGAGUGGAGCAGAGAAGAAGAUGAGAGGCUUCUUCAUUUGGCAAAACUCAUGCCCACACAGUGGAGGACUAUUGCUCCUAUUGUUGGCAGAACAGCUGCUCAAUGCCUUGAACGAUACGAGUACUUGCUAGAUCAAGCUCAAAAAAAGGAAGAAGGAGAUGAAAGUGUUGAUGAUCCAAGAAAACUGAAACCUGGUGAAAUUGAUCCCAAUCCAGAAACAAAGCCUGCUCGUCCAGAUCCUAAGGAUAUGGAUGAGGAUGAACUGGAGAUGUUAUCAGAGGCAAGAGCCAGAUUGGCUAAUACUCAAGGUAAAAAAGCCAAACGAAAGGCUCGCGAGAAGCAGUUGGAGGAAGCCCGUCGACUUGCCGCUUUGCAAAAGCGACGUGAAUUAAGAGCUGCUGGCAUUCAAGUGCAGCAGAAAAACAAACGAAAACGUGGUAUAAAUUAUAACACAGAAAUACCAUUUGAGAAGAAACCUGCCCCAGGGUUUUACGAUACUUCUGCAGAAGAAAUUGAUCCUCUUGCCUCUGACUUCUCCAAUUUGAGGCCAGCGAAUCAGCUUACUUGGCAAGAAAAAGAGGAGCUUGAGAGGAAAAAAGACAAGCAGAAAUUGAAACAACGCAAGGAAAAUGACAUACCAGAGAGUAUGAUCAACAAUGAACCUCUGAAAAAAAGGAGUAAACUGGUUUUACCAGAACCACAAAUAUCCGACAAAGAGCUACAACAAGUUGUCAAGUUGGGUCGUGCAUCUGAGGCGGCUCGAGAGAUCGUUCUCGAAGGAGGAAAUAAUGCAUCCGAUAGUUUACUGGCAGAUUAUUCUUUGACUCCAAAUACGGCAAUGACGCCAAGAACGCCAGCUGCCGUCGACAGAGUAUUGCAAGAGGCUCAGAAUGUUAUGGCGUUGACGCAUGUGGACACCCCACUAAAAGGUGGAUUAAAUACUCCUCUAAGUAAUGCAGAUUUCAGUUGUGUAGUUCCUACGCCAAAUGCUGUAGCCACGCCAAACACAGUUCUGGCUACACCUUUUAAGUCUCAAAGAAGUGACGCCACUCCAGCUACUCCAGGAUCAAUAAGGCAGCAGAAUGCCUUAGCUUUACCCGGACAAACUCCAGUUCGGGAUAAACUAAAUAUUAAUCCAGAAGAUGCGCUGGAGGCUUCUCAGACUCCAAUGGAAAUAAAAGCAGUUAAAGAACAAUUGCGCGCGGGCCUGGAAUCACUUCCAAAACCGAAAAAUGAUUACGAAAUCGUUGUACCAGAAGAAGAAAUAAACGAAGAUGAUGGUGCCACAACAACAACAGAUGUCGUCGAAGAUCAGGCAGAUAUUGACGCCAGAGCUCAACAAGAAUUACUAGAAAAGCAAAAAAGAGAGUUGGAGAAACGUUCACAGGUGAUACAAAGGUCGCUUCCACGACCGAACGAAGUAAACAUGAACGUACUACGGCCAUCUACAGAAGUUUCAUUGACUGAUUUGCAAAGGGCAGAAGAACUCAUUAAGCAGGAAAUGAUUUGUAUGAUGCAAUAUGACACAUUGAUGAAUCCCGUUGUACCGAAUCAUAAACGCGCGCAGACGAUAAUGAAUCAAGCGAACAAUUAUUUAGAACAGCAUCCUUAUGAAGAAGUUUCAAAGGACGAAUUCGAGACUGCAAAGAAACUACUGCAAGAAGAAAUGUCUGUGGUCAAAGAAGGGAUGGCCCAUGGAGAUUUGAGCUUGGAAUCUUAUAGCACUGUAUGGGAAGAAUGUUUAUCACAGGUUUUGUAUUUGGAACCUCAGAAGCGAUACACAAGAGCCACUUUGGCUUCAAAAAAAGAUAGGAUAGAAGCUUACGAAAGAAAAUUAGAGGAAAACAGGAUGCAUAUGACAGCUGAAGCUAGAAGAGCAGCAAAGAUGGAAAAGAAAUUGAAGGUGUUGUUAGGAGGCUAUCAGAAUCGAGCUCAAGUAUUAGUGAAACAGUACAAUGAUUUGAAUGAGCAAAUUGAGCAGCUACGGCUUGAGCUAUCUACAUUCAAAUUUUUGCAAGCUCAAGAAGAGGCUGCUUUGCCUAGAAGGCUUGAAGCACUUCUGGAAGAUGUGAAUAGGCAGCGAGAGCGGGAACAAGCAUUGCAACAACGUUACGCCAAAUUGCAAGAGCAGUUAAGCGAAAAUAUGUAAUAAAGUUUUCUAAUUUUUGUAUAAAAAAAAAAUAAAUGAACUAUGUUAAAGAUUUUAUUUCUAAGAACAUUAGUAAAUUAAUUAUAAAAAUAAAAGUAAGGUAGAGAUUUAA